AUGAUCACCGCUCAUUUCAAGCCGCGAGAUGGAGGCCCCGCCAAACCCCCGCCCAGGGCCGCCAUUUUCAAGAUCCCGCAAGCCAGCCCGGCCCGGAAGAGUCUCGGCUUCAAAGCGAAGGUCGGCAAUAACAACAAACAGUACGUGCUCGACGCAGGCCAAGCCGAGAUUGGCACCACGCGAUGUUUGAAGUGUGACAUGGUUUAUUCUGUGGACUGCCCGAAGGAUGUGCGUGAGCACGACGAAUACCACGCUGGCCAAUUGGCCGCCCGACCCUUUCUGGUGACCUACCCGACAUUAUCAAAAUGGAAAAGGGAUUCGAGGCACGACAGUCAGGGAAAUGUUACGAUAUUUCGAGUCACGCCGGAAACGAGCGGUUUGCGCCGGCGGUUUGACGAGGUUGUCGAGGAUUUUGUCAACGAGGAGAUCGGCUUUAACAAUGCGCUCCCUGUCUGGAACCAAGACCGUCAACGAUUCGGCUGUUUGGCCGUCAUCGACAAGAAGAUCGUUGGGGUGGCCAUCUUCGAUCUUUUGCACGAAGCGAGUUGGGAAAAGAAAAACGAGAUAUUCCUAAAGCCUAACAUCCUUGGCGUCAACCGAAUAUGGGUACAUCCUCUGCAGCGCGGCAAACGAGUAGGCCAUGCCCUCCUGGAUGCCGGCAGGACAUGGGCGGUUCCGGGUUUGAUAAUCCAGCCCCAAAUGGUCGCCUUCUCGGAACCGACCGAUGAUGGGGCUCGGCUAGCCGCCAAAUACUGCAGCCACGACGACGGUGAUUAUCUCGUGUAUCGACUCCGAUUGGACGUC